AUGACGCAGCCUAGCUCCAAGUUCAGUAUACCUUUGGGUCCUUAUACGAUUUACGAUCCCAACACAGGCAUCUAUGCUUCCAGAUUGCCACCGCCCCAGGCUGCGUCCAAAACUGUCUUUGACUUUUGCUUGGGCAGUGUGAGCUUCGACGAUGCCGGUACAGCCAUCACGGACUGCUCCACAGGUAGAUCUAUCUCGUACGGCGAGCUGAGGCUACAAUCGCAACGAUUCGGCCUCGGCCUGAUCACCAAAGCGCAGCUCAAGCCCGGCGACACGAUCCUUGUAGCGCUGCAUUCUUCGAUCGACUUUGCCGUCUCUGUGAUGGCUGCCCAAUUUGCCGGUCUCCGCGUCGCGCUCGCCAACCCUGAUUAUGCGCGCAAGGAGCUCAGGCACGUAUACAGGCUGGUCAAACCCAAAAAGGUCAUCAUGCAUAGCACAUACCUUGGUCGAGCUGCUGCUGCCAAUGUGAAAACUUUCACCGUCAUCCUGACCGAUACAAAGCUCGGUCGAGGCGGUGUGCUAUCGAUUGGCGAACUGCUGGCAGACGAAGCGCUAGCAAAGGCAGCAAAGCCGUUUUUGCCAGACGAUUUGAAUACGACCGCUUAUCUUCCAUCGUCGUCAGGCACCACAGGUCUGCCCAAAGCGGUUGAAAUCUCGCACAGGAACGUGGUUUCGAUGCUUUCUAUGAACCUCAAUACUCCUGGGUUCGUGCCUGACGAACUCAAGGGCGAGCAAAUGCGCAUGCUCACGUUCCUGCCCUUCUUCCACGCCUACGGCCUUGUCGGUCAACUCCACCUCAUUCUUGCGCUGCGAGGUCAGCUUUUUAUCCUUCGCCCUUUUACAGCACAGGCGUUUUGCGACGCUGUACCGGCGCACAAGAUCAAUAUGCUCAACUUUGUGCCACCAGCACUGACCAAGCUGAUCAAGCAUGCUGGUAUCGAUAGAAACGUCUUCGCCACGGUCAAGCGCGCGCGUUGUGGAGCUGCGCCGCUGGAUGCAGAGACGGAAGCCAAAUUUGCCGAAUUGACGGGUGUCCAGGUCAAACAGGGUUGGGGAAUGACCGAGCUGACAUUGGCAGGAUUGGAUCCGUCUAGCGGACAGCAAAAGGCUGGUUCGGUUGGAUGUUUGAUCGCGGGCACGCUUGCCAAAGUGGUCGAUGUGUCUAGCGGUGAACCGGUGCAAACGGGACAGCGCGGCGAGCUGCUCAUCAAAGGUGACCAAGUGUUCAGAGGCUACCUUGCGAAUCCCCAAGAGACCGAAGCAGCCUUUACCGCUGACGGCUUCUUCCGCACUGGUGAUGUCGUCAUUGUGGAUCCGCAUACUGGCGAGUUCACCGUAGUCGAUCGACUGAAGGAACUGAUCAAGUAUCAAGGCUUUCAAGUUGCGCCUGCCGAACUCGAAGGUGUCCUGGUCACGCACCCCAAGAUCGCCGCAGCAGCCGUGGUGGGAAGGUUGGACCAAUCCAAAGCCACUGAAUUGCCAUGUGCCUUUGUCCAACUUAGUGAUCAGGCAAAGCAACACGCCGCGUCGUCCACCGACGACUUGGCCAAAGAGAUCGACCAGUACGUCCGCUCCAAAGUGUCGCACCACAAGUUUUUGCGCGGAGGCAUCCACUUUGUCGACCAAAUCCCCGUCAGUGCGAGCGGCAAGAUUCUGCGCAAAGACGUCAGAGCGCUGCUUGAAACGCUCCCGCAGCUAUCUUCGCCGCGAGCAAAUCUGUAG